AUGGAGCAAGUGCCCCGACUCAGCUGCGAGCGCUGCAAGAGGCGGAAAAUCCGGUGCGAUAAACGCAAUCCAUGCUCAGCGUGCGAAACCUCUCAUACGACUUGCGAUUUUGUCCAGCGUGCACGUCUACCUCGAGGCCGGAGCGGCAAAGUUAGAAAGAGUAUUUUAGAAGAGCGUGUCGCACGCCUCGAGAGCUUGCUGAGCCAGGUUCAAAAUUCAGGUGACAAGUGCUCAGGUCCUCCUGAUUCUACGGAACCAGUGCAGUCACGAUCUCUGCGUAACAAUCGGAUAGGCAACUUUGUAGCUCCAGAAUUUUGGGCAGCUCUUUCAGAAGAGGUUGCAGGUCUUCGAGAAACGUUUGACAACUCAGACGACGACCAAGUUCAUCCAGAUCCAAUAAAUCGUAACAAAACAGGUGUAUUUGCAAGUGGUCACACACUGUUGUUCGAAUCUGCUCCAUCUUGUAUCUACGGAUGCACUCCUGUUCCAUGGCCAACAAUAUCAGAGGAAAGACGAAACGUUCUUUUGUAUUUGUAUCGUCAAAGAGUCGACUGUCUGUACAAGAUCCUCCACUGGCCUACGGUGCUGGCAGACAUUCCGUGCCUCGGGACCGAGGCGCAAGACAGCUGCAAUCCGAGUCCCUUCAGAGCAUUGGAGUUGUCGAUAUAUUUCACAUCUCUAUGCAGUAUCACAAACGAGGAAGCAAUGAAUUUCGGUCUCGGUGACAAGUUGAGCCUAAUGGAGCAGUAUCGUGUCGCCACGGAAAGGGCUCUCUCACAGGCAGGUUUGCUCCAAGAACCGAAUGUGACUGUGCUCCAAGCAUUUGUCAUAUACUUGGUUGGUCAUCGAACAUUUUACAAUUCGACAACAUGGUGGACUCUAUUAGCAGUAGCCGUAAGAAUUGGCACUGCGCUGCGUCUUGGACAGGAAGAGCAGCAAGAAUUCGACCCGAAGGAAUUGCAACUUCGCCGUAGGUUGUGGUACUGUAUCGCACUGCUGGAUACCCAUGCGUCUUACGACAGAGGCACUCCUUCUAUGAUUCGCUGGGACGAGUUGGGUCCGGCUCCUCUUCUUUUGAACGACGACGAGAUGUCACGAACCACCGUACCACUAUCUUCAUCCCCGGUUUUCAAUGACAUGUCAUUUCUGGCUUUGAUGUUCCGGGCCAUGGUGUGUCAGAAAAAGAUAACGAGCAUACCGGACAGCGCAGAAGAUGGAUGGUCAGCCAGACUACAACUUGUGUCCUCAUUUGAGCUGUCCGUAAAACAAGAUUAUUUCAACGUUGGUGAAGAUGCACACCCUUUCGAGAGGUUUACCAAGCAAGUGGCGAAAGGGAUUAUCGCUAGCAUGCAUCUCGUUCUUCGAAGACCGCCUUACAAGCAACGGCCCGGACUCGUUCCUCUGUCGGAUAACUUCAAUGUGUUGGAGCAUUCAACGAAACUUCUACAGCAGGAGCUGGUCACCAAAUCAGCAGACUUCGCUCCGUGGGCAUGGAAAUCUUGGGUCCGCUGGAAUGCCUUGGCUAUCGUACUGGUUGAAUUGUGUAGCCAGCCUCCCGGGAAAAGUUAUGAUAUGGCUUAUGCAAUUGCUAUUCAGAGCUUCAAUCACUAUUCAAGUUUGGUUGCCGACACUAGUGCGGGAAUGCUGUGGAAACCUAUCACGAAACUCAUGCGUCGACUUCAGCGACUUAAGCAUUCAAGCACCAUAUCGUGUCAAGCUUCGAACCUGUCCAGUGUGCGCGAUGUUAAUGCGCCAGGCUGCUCCUCCACUUCAAAUUUCUCAACGUCUGCCCUUGAUUUGGGCCUUGACAGUCAGAAUGAGAAUAACGGUAUCCUUCAAGGCAACCAAGUCAAUGCGACGAGUGGCGACGCGCAAUUCAACUGGUUCACGUUCACGGAUAGUAUCAAUAUGGGCUACCCACUCGAUUGGGAACACGGUCUGUAUUGA